GUACUUACAGUGAAGCUAGAUAUUAGGGCUCAUGUAGGAAUGCAUUCUACACAGAUACGCAGUGACGUGGGGACAGAGUCUAGCGGCAAGUGACCUGGAAUGCUACUUCACCAGCAAAGGCACACAAUUGGAAUUCAACAAUCCGCAGGAGACGAGACAGUGUGUCUGAUUCUUUGGCCAGACCACACCCAACCCUGAAGAUGUACUCUACAAACCCAGGCAGCUGGGUCACCUUUGAUGAUGACCCUACCUUUCAGUCUUCUCAGAGGUCAAAGGACUUCCCUAUGGAGACCCAAGGUGUUUGCAGACCAAACAGACUGAAGUUGAACCUGCCAGGCCUUAAGGAACUUCCCAGCACAUCCUCGUCUUCCAGCAGCACCCCUCUCUCCUCUCCCAUCGUGGAUUUUUACUUCAGUCCAGGACCACCAAGUAAUUCUCCUCUUUCCACACCCACCAAAGACUUCCCAGGUUUUCCUGGAAUUCCUAAAGCAGGGACCCAUGUGCUUUAUCCUAUUCCAGAAUGCUCUUCAAGCAGUCCCCUCACAGCAGCAGGAGCAGGUUCCUCAUUACUGCCCACGAAGCCAACCUGUUUACCCCACACGUUGCCACCCAAUGACCACUCAAGUACUCAGUUGACUCCCAAAGCCGGGCUUUCAGAUGACACCAGUCCUCAGCAGGCUGAGAGCCCACAGGACCAAAGUGAGCACUUCCAGUAUUUUCAGGACGACUGUGCUUUUUCCAACCCAUUUUGGAAAGAAAAAGUCAGUGCUUCUCAGUUCACCUCUGACACCCUGACAAGCAGAAAGCCAUUCUCACCAAGAGACAAGGAGACACUUGCUGAUCAAAAGAGCCUAAACCAAUGUUCACUCAGCUACAUCUGCGAGAAGCUUGAACAUCUCCAGUCAGUGGAGACCCAGGACCCUCUUGGAAAUUUGUCAAUGCAGGAUCCGUAUGCUGGAGAUGCCGUCUCUUCCUUCGUGCCCCAAACACUCUUCCGGAGUCAGCCCAACGCCGGAUGGUCCUUCAUGCUGAGGAUCCCGGAGAAGAAGAACAUGAUGUCUUCCCGGCAGUGGGGACCGAUUUUCCUGAGGGUUCUACCAGGAGGAAUUUUGCAAAUGUAUUAUGAACAGGGGUUGGAGAAGCCGUUCAAAGAGUUCCAGCUUGACCCACAUUGCAGACUUUCUGAACCCAAAGUUGAGAAUUUCAGCAUGGCAGGAAAAAUCCACACUGUGAAGGUGGAACAUGUGUCUUACUCGGAGAAAAGGAAAUACCAUUCCAAGACGGAAGUAGUUCACGAGCCAGAGGUAGAGCAGAUGCUGAAGUUGGGGUCCACGGAGCACCGAGACUUCCUGGAAUUCCUGACUACUGUGGAGGAAGAGCUGGUAAAGCUGCCGGCUGUUUCAAAACCAAGGAAGAACUACGAGGAGCAAGAAAUUUACCUGGAUGUCGUGGACAACUUUUGGGGGAAAGUCACAAAAGAAGAUGGGAAAUUGGUGGAAAGUACUGUGAUCACUCAAAUCUGUUGCCUCUGCUUUGUGAAUGGGACCAUGGACUGUUUUUUAACUUUGAACGACCUCGAGCUCCAGAAGCGAGAUGAAUGUUAUUUUGAGAGAGAACCAGAAAAGAAGGGGAUUGAUAUUCUUGAUUACCAUUUUCACAAGUGUGUGAAAGCCGAAGAAUUCGAGCAAUCUAGAAUCAUUAAAUUCGUACCUCUGGAUGCCUGCCGGUUUGAACUGAUGCGUUUUAAGACCUUGUAUGAUGGGGAUGACCUUCCCUUUUCUGUGAAGUCUGUAGUGGUUGUCCAGGGGGCCUAUGUGGAACUUCAGGCCUUUGUCAACAUGACUCUGGGGGCUCAAAGGUCACCCCAUGUUCCUUCCUUGAGGUGCUGUGACAAUAUUAUGAUUCACUUUCCUGUUCCAUCACAGUGGAUAAAGGUCCCCUGGACCAGGAACCUUCAGAGGCAGAGGUCUCUAAAAGCCAAAAUGAACCGCAGGUCAUGUCUGGGGAAUUUACAUGAACUUGAGACAGAACCUGUCAUUCAGGUCACUGUGGGGUCAGCAAAAUAUGAGAGUGCCUACCGGGCCGUGGUGUGGAAGAUAGAUCGGCUUCCUGAUAAAAACUCAAGUCCUGAUCAUCCCCACUGUCUGUCAUACAAACUAGAACUUGGAUCAGACCAAGAGAUUCCCUCAGACUGGUAUCCAUUUGCUACUGUGCAGUUUUCAAUGCCUGAAGCCUGUGCCUCAGGGAUGGAGGUCAGGUCUCUGGGAGUGGAGAGUGAUGUCCAGCCACAGAAGCACACAUGUCAGCGAGCUUGCUAUAAUAUCCAGGUUGAAAUAGAAAAGAAGUGGAUUCAGAUUGAUGGAGAAGACCCAGAUAAAGCUGGUGACUGCAUGACUCAGUAAACGGUGACCGGCUAGUCAACCACGUGAUCCACAGACUCCGUAGAAAAUUCUGCUGCCCCAUAUGAUGGUUCUAAGUUCUGAGUAGCAGGCUUCAGACAGAUCCAAUGGCCAUGUCUAGAGAAAUGCAGACCGAAAUCCAAGCCAUCUGUAUGCUUUUGUUUCUGAUAUGUUUUUGCCCUAGGGAUUUGAGCUGGAAUGUGUAACUCCUGUGAUAUUUUGCUUCUUAAUGAGACUCAAAGGCACUGUUAUCCAAUGUGUGACCUGAUGGCCAGUUUGGCUGAAGGGUUUUUUAGUUUUGAUUACUCAGUGGCUUUGUUUUGGACUCUGGGUUACCAGAGAGUCAUAUUUAUUAUCCCCAAGACCAAAUCUCUUCCUGCUUUCCCAGACCACCAGGAAAGGCAACCAAAGGAUACGUAAACCCAAACGCCUCUUUUCCUCUCCUGCUCAGCUUUGAAACGAGGUUAGUUGAAGAAUGAUGUUGAAUGCACAGGUUGUGGUCAAGAUUUGGAAGUGUCUGUGGCUUUGAAUUAUUUAUAUUCCUGUCCCCUGACAGUGCUGGGAAGCUCUCCUUGGCUGCAUUAAGGUAGCCAUCUUUCCCUCGAUGUGGGAUCAUUUCAAAAUGUAUUUGUAUUCUGAUUUGUGUGUCAAAGAAACUAUUUCUGUUAGUAUAUAUAUAUAUAUAUUUUAGAACGAGUCAGAGAUAUACCUUUAGGUGGGUGGAAUGCCUUUAAAAUAAAACCAGAAUUGGAUACAAAUUAAAAAUUUAUGUAUAUUAAAGAUGGAUUUUUAAGGCUUAUGAUCAUUGUUUUCUGAAAGUGCCAACUCCAAGAUUGUGUUCUGAAACGGCAUUACUUGUGCCUAAUGCACUGCUCUUAGUACACGUCUAACAUGCUGUUGUAUGCUGGGGCGCUCACCAUGCGAUUUUGUGCAAAUCCUGCUUUAUUUAGACUAUUUUCCUUUAGAAGGUGAGUGAGGUGAAAGACAUUAGACUAUUCUACCCAGAUUUCUAAAAGAAGAAAGAUUUACUCUUUAAAGUCAGAGAAAUGAUAUUACCAGUUCAGUUUCUAGUGAAAAACUAAUCCCAUUAAUGGUUAUGAUUUGCCUACUGUUUCCUCUUGGUAGUUAGCUAAAACUCAUUAUGUUCUGAGUAUUUGUGUUUGUUUGUUUGUUUGAAAAACAAGCUUCUCCAUGCAGUGUUACUAUACAUUCAAUUUAUAUUAAAUCUUAAAUGUGAUUGGGAGGCAUUCUCUAUUUACUAGAUUUGUUUUGAGUCAAAACUGACAUAGUGUUGUUCCAAACCACAUUUAUUUAAUGGCCCACAGAGUUUAUUUAGGACAUUUUACUAGUAUUACAAUUAUUUUCAUUUAUUCAAGUAGCAGAUUAAAAUAAACAUUUAUGAUAGUCUGUAUCAAUCAGCAAAUUUUCUUUUCUUACUGUGGAGGCAAAGAAUACAAAAGUUGGUGCUAAAAAUGGGUUGGUUUUGCUCUUUUUAAACUUUGCUUGAUGCAUUAUCAUCUGCGGUUGGUGCCCAGGCUAAUAUUUAAGUACACGCACAUAUGCGUGUGUGUUUUCUAAAAAUCCCACCACCUUUCCUUUUCAUUAGUAUGGGCACACUUUGACUUCAGUGUGUUUGGAACAAAUAUGGAGAUGGGCUACAUUUGAUACUGUCCUGAAAUCCCAGGGAAGUUAGCUGGGUUAAUUACACCUUCCUCUCUGAGGCAUUUUAUGGCAUUCUGCCCAUAAAGAACUCACAGUGGAUUCAGUUGACCUUAAUGAAUAUUCAUACCUCAAAAAAAAAAAAAAAAACACCCCACAAAAGACUCAAUGAAUUACCCCUUUGCCUUUCAGUUUGGCCAGUGUCUUAGGUGUCACUACUGGUUCUUUAACCCACAAGUCACCCAGCCUUUAUGACCAUUUCAAGAUUCAGUGUUGAGACCACAGUAACAAAAGACUGACAGAAGCCCAAAUUGAGAUUCUGCAGCAACUCGAAUUUGAUAGCAUUAACAGCGGGUGCUACUGCAUAAUUGUUAAUUUGCACAUCUAUUAGGACCUUAAAUAUUCAUUACUUAGUGUUAAAUGAACAUUAGGGAUGAGAGUGUUUUUUUAAAAAUACAGUUCUUCUGACCUUAGAAAUGGUAGGAGGUCAAAUGUGACGACUGAACUCUAAGUGGAAAAUUGCCCAUUUAGGCUUACAAAGUAAAAGUAGAAUCUCCUUGUCGGAAAGCAAAUGAUAAUCUUUCAAAAAGCUCCUGCUUUUAAGGAAAGGAGGGAGGGAGGGAAGGAAAGAAUUCAAGAAGAAAUGCUUCUUUUCUAACUUUUUCAUUUAGACGACUUCUUUAUGAGUUGGACCGUUUUGGAGUCUGUUGAUUGACACCAUGUCUGACUGCCAGGACACAACUAGUAUGUAAUGUCCUUGUGGUUUCAAUGCUCUGGCCUCUUCACCUUGACAAUCACAGGGUCAUGUUAAUAGUGUUGAUGAGUGCAUGGGUUGAUCAUUCACAAUCAGUUAUGCAGGUCUGAGUGUAAGAAUGUUUCCUUUAUCUGUGGGAACUGCAACAGUUUCAUCCAUUAAAAAAGGUAUGAAAGUGAUAGUUUCCAGCACAGGAAGGCUAGACUGAAUUUCAGACCUGCUAUGUAGACUAGAGAGUACUAGCUUAGUGCCUAUCAUUUGGGAGCUAUGUUUAUGAUAUAGCCCUUUUCUAAUAAAUUCAGUUAGAAGAUUUUCCUUAACAACGACCACUGCAAUGUUUUAUUCAAAAUAUGACUUUGUGUCCUCUCAUUACAGAUAUAGAACGACUGAACUUUAAUAAUCAUGUAACAAAGUGUUUUGUAGAUUGCAUAUUGAUUUUUGUAAAAUUAAAGAUGUAUUUCAAAUAGUU